AUGAAUUUUUUUUGCUUAGUUACUAAUGUGUUAAAUAUUUUUGCAUCAUCUUUUAAGCGCAGUGGUUUACUUCGGAAGCACCAAGCUGAACAGUUAGAGGAGUUGCUCAUAUCAGGAGAAGUGCAUACCGGGCGAGGAUUAAAUCAAGAACGUGCACUUCAAUGGCCAGGUGAUACUCAUUGGGGUUCUCAUUAUAAAACAUUAGAUAAUCUUAUUGUUCUAUUUCCAUCAGUUAUUCAUGUGCUUGAAUUUACUGGAUGCGAGUUUCCAAACUAUACUAAUAGACUUCUUGCUAAAACUCUUGUGGUUAUGAAAUUUGAUUUUGCCUUUCUGCUGCACUUAAUGUGGAAAGUUCCUAUGAUGACAAAUGAAUUGAGCUCCUCAUUACAAAGGAUGUACCAAGAUAUUGUCAAUGCUACGGGAUUUCUUGCUCUUACAAAGCAAAGAUUACAAAAUAUGAGGGAUAAUGAAUUCGAAUCAUUAAUGGAUGAUGUCUCUUCUUUUUGUGAUAAACAUGAUAUAGCCAUUCCGGAGAUGAAUUCUAGCUACUUUCCUAGAAAUUCAAAGCGUAAAGAUCUUGAUGUUACAUAUUCUCAUCAUUUGCAUGUUGAAAUAUUUUAUGUUGUUAUUGAUUUGCAUCUUCAAGAGCUUCAAAUCAUUUCGAUGCUGUGA